AUGGAGGCGCCGGCGGAGCUGUUGGCCGCGCUCCCCGCGCUGGCCACCGCGCUGGCGCUGCUGCUUGCCUGGCUGCUGGUGAGGCGCGGGGCGGCCGCGAGCCCCGACCCCCCGGCGCCCGCGCCCCCGGAGUCCGCGACCCCGGCCGAGGCCAGCGGGAUGCCCGCGCCGCUCGGCCCCCGUGCGGCGGAGCCGGCAGCCGCGCCCGAGGGGCCGGGGGAGCCCACUCCGCCGGACGAGCCCACGCCGCCGGACGAGUCCGCGGCGGCGCCGGCGGAGGCAGAGGAGCAGGCCGCCGAGGAGAGGCAGGAAAAGGAGCUGGAUGGCGUGGAGGGCCCACCCCUGGCAGGGCCUGAGGAAGACGAUGGGGGAGAGGCCUUCUCCUUCAAAUACAGCCCCGGGAAGCUGAGGGGAAACCAGUACAAGAAGAUGAUGACCAAGGAGGAACUGGAGGAGGAACAGAGAGUUCAGAAAGAACAGCUGGCUGCCAUCUUCAAGCUCAUGAAGGACAACAAGGAGACGUUUGGCGAGAUGUCGGACGGCGACGUGCAGGACCAGCUCCGGCUCUACGACAUGUAG